GGUUUCACAAUUUGUUGUAUCUCUGAGGUCAUGGGCCACGAGACAUUUGCAUCAUGAAGACCAAAGACCUGAUUCUUUCCUGGAGCGUAUCAGAGGGCCAACAUUCAUAGAAGUGUCCAGCAGGCAAAAUAAAAUCCACUCCAGUGUGGGUGUUGAUGAGCAGCCUGGGAAAGUGAACAGUCACUGGCCCUUGGCCAAUUUUAAUGUCAACUAUAGUAACAACACGAAUGAAGACAAAAAGGAAGAAAAGAAAGAGGUUAAAGAGGAAAAGAAAGAGGAAAAGAAGGAGGAAAAGAAAGAGGAAAAGAAAGAUGACAAAAAAGAUGAUAAAAAAAAGGAAGAGAAGAAAAAAGAGAUCUUUGUAAUAGAUCCUUCAAGCAACAUGUACUACAACUGGCUGACUAUAAUUGCAGCACCUGUGUUCUAUAACUGGUGUAUGAUAGUGUGCAGAGCCUGCUUUGAUGAGCUACAAAUUGACCAUGUUAGGUUAUGGCUGGUCUUGGACUAUUGCUCUGAUAUCAUAUAUAUUUUUGACAUGCUCGUCAGAUUCAGGACAGGCUUCCUCGAGCAAGGCUUGCUAGUGAAGGAUGAAAAGAAAUUACGAGAGCAUUACACAAAGACUGUGCAGUUCAAGCUGGAUGUGCUCUCUCUCUUGCCAACGGACCUGGCCUAUCUGAAGCUCGGUCUGAACUACCCCGAGCUGCGGUUUAACCGCUUGCUCAGGAUUUCUCGUCUCUUUGAGUUUUUCGACCGCACAGAAACCAGGACAAAUUAUCCAAACAUGUUUCGCAUCGGAAAUCUUGUCUUAUAUAUCCUAAUCAUCAUCCACUGGAACGCGUGCAUCUACUUUGCAAUUUCGAAGGUCAUUGGGUUUGGAACUGACUCCUGGGUCUACCCCAACGUGUCCGUUCCAGAGUACGCACGCCUGUCCAGGAAGUACAUUUACAGCCUGUACUGGUCGACGCUCACGCUGACGACCAUUGGGGAGACGCCGCCUCCCGUGAAAGAUGAGGAGUAUCUCUUUGUGGUCAUCGACUUCCUCGUGGGCGUGCUCAUCUUUGCCACCAUUGUGGGGAACGUGGGCUCCAUGAUUUCCAACAUGAACGCCUCCCGGGCAGAAUUCCAGGCCAAAAUUGACUCUAUUAAGCAGUACAUGCAUUUCCGAAAAGUGACCAAGGACUUGGAAGCCAGGGUUAUCAAGUGGUUUGAUUACCUCUGGACUAACAAGAAAACUGUGGAUGAGAAGGAGGUUCUUAAAAACCUGCCCGACAAGCUGAAGGCUGAAAUUGCCAUCAAUGUCCAUUUGGACACGCUGAAGAAAGUGCGGAUAUUCCAGGACUGUGAAGCUGGGCUUCUCAUUGAGCUGGUGCUGAAACUGAAACCUACGGUCUUCAGCCCUGGGGACUAUAUUUGCAAAAAGGGAGAUAUUGGGAGAGAAAUGUACAUUAUCAAAGAGGGGAAAUUGGCUGUGGUGGCAGAUGAUGGCAUAACACAAUUUGUAGUCCUAAGUGAUGGCAGCUACUUUGGUGAAAUCAGUAUCCUGAACAUCAAAGGUAGCAAAUCUGGCAACAGGAGGACAGCCAACAUAAGGAGCAUUGGCUAUUCUGAUUUGUUCUGCUUGUCUAAAGAUGAUCUAAUGGAAGCCCUCACUGAAUACCCAGAUGCCAAAAAGGCUCUGGAAGAGAAAGGGCGACAAAUCCUGAUGAAAGACAAUUUAAUAGAUGAGGAAGCAGCAAAAGCAGGAGCUGACCCAAAAGACUUGGAAGAAAAAAUUGAAAAACUUGAAACAGCUUUGGAUACUCUACAAACAAGGUUUGCUCGGCUCCUGGCAGAAUACACCUCAGCCCAACAAAAAGUGAAGCAGAGACUUGCCAAGGUGGAAAACAGAGUGAAGAAAUACGGUAGUGGCACCAUGUCAGAGAUAGAGGCUGAGGCUGCAAAACCUGAGGGCGAGAAAAAGGACUAAAUGAGCAUUUGUAUUUUCUCAUUUGUUAGAGAAGCCUGAAGCAUGUAAAAGCCAUAAAUAUGUAUAAAUAUAUGUGUGCAUACAUAGAUGAUUAUUUUUAUAUGGCCUCCGAGGUAAGGGUUUUUAGCAUUUUUAACUGAAGCAGUAUUUUCUUGUAAAUAGAUCAUUGUUACUUUCUUAGGGGGAGAUCUGGGUCUGUCAUUU